AUGGAUUUUGAUCAACGGACGCGACGACAAUCCGCAUCGUAUUUUCUGAAAAACGUGGAUAAGCGGUGGAACACCGGGACGACACUGAGACACAGUUCCGAACUGAUGCGUGUCAUGCGGCGAACUGCACAAAAAUUAUCAUUAUUCAGGCAAGCUCAAGUGCAUCACUCCAAACUCGCACAUCCGAUGACCUUCAGAGAUGCCAUCGACUAUCUAAUGCUUCCCGGUCUUCGGUUGUACGAUCAGUUCAGUCUCCGAUUCGCUUUCCGUACAACAUUCCGUGACUGUUUAAUACUUUUUCAUCCUGGUUCUCAUGGUGUAGACUUUAUCGCCUUCGAACUGAUUGAUGGACGUCUUCAUGUACUGUUUGAUAUGGGCAGCGGAUGGCAAGAUCACCAGCUGGCCGAUACAGCAAUGGAUGACCUGAAGUGGCACACGGUGGAGCUUGUUCGAAACAACGUAGCGGAAAACUAUCUGUUGAGCACACUCGAUAAGGGCACCUUCAAAGAAACAUUGCUGAAGAUCCAAGUUCUGCACGGGGAUCGAUCGAAGAACUUCGACCUUGCCAAUGUCCUCUACCUUGGUGGUUUGCCGGAACCGGUGUUUUUUCAGUGGCGAGAGAAGAUACGUAACCGUUAUGGGUUCCAGGGGUGUUUUGCCAACUUCUCCGUAAAUGACCAGCCUCCGUUUGAUGUACUUUCCAUGGCAAAAAAUCACAACAUUUCGAGGCCAGUACCAGCAAGUGUCAUUCCGGGAUGUGUUGAUCGUCCCGCAGGAGUGGUUCAAUGCCCCGGGCCCAGAAGGCGUUCUGAUGGGACGCCAGAUUCCAACAGAACAAACUACUGCUUGAAUCAGGGAACAUGCAUCCAAAUGUGGACAGGUGUGAGAUGCGCUUGUGAACUGACUUCCUUCAAGGGCACUCGGUGUGAUUUGGCGGGCACAACGCUGAGUUUUGGAGCGGAAAAAUAUGACACCCAAAUGCCGAUUUUGCAGACCAGCCUGUUCAAAAGUAAUUUUUCAUCCGAUAUUCAUACAAUCGGCUAUCUCCGACUGUCCUAUACUGACCGAAAGAGGAACACGGAAAAUGAUGAAUUUGUGCUCGGGAUCCAAACGACAGGUCAGAAGACCAUCCGGUUGCAAUCCGACCCGCUUCCAACUGACCAAGUGGCCACCCUACUUUUUGUUGCAAACGCUGAUCAGAGUGGGGAUUAUCUCCACGUGUAUUUGAAUUCCGGCUAUCUGACACUUGAUUAUGACCUCGGUGGCGGGUUGAUUCGGGUACUGGGUCCAAAAAUCCAACUCAACGAUGGCUACUAUCAUCGUAUUCGCGGAUUUCGAACACGUUUCCGUCUUGUUUUGGAGGUCGAUAAUCACACCACAACGCACAACUUACAAGUUCGUUUUGGGAGACAGUUCAACGACCAGGAGACCAUUUGGCUUGGACAUGCGGCAACUUUGAACAAGACAGACUUUUACCAAGGAUAUAUAAUAGAAUCCGAUGCAGUGAAACGCGAAGCCAGUCAUUUUAUAGACAAUUCCUUUGUGAGAAUCUCGAGCGGAAUUUCGACAGAACCGGGCAAGUCCCACUCGAAAAUCGACUCAGCUGCCAUCCAUUCUCAAGUGAAUAUCUGGCUCUUAAUCUCUUUAUCCGCCGCUGGUUGCAUUGUGCUUUGUUCACUCAUUUUCCUUGCCUAUCGACUAAACUUUAAACGGCUUAGUUGCACUCGACCCAAACCCGACCAAGCCAGUCCAAAAGCGGUUGAGAAAACUGUCGUUACGCCUCACUUUGCGCAAAGACAAAACCCAUCUAUGCCAACCAAUGUGCAAUACAGAUCGGACAUGAGUUCAACUGCUACAGGAGUGGAGUUACGCAGAGCGAACCCGAAUUCAGCAGCUCGAUCCGUCACGCCACUUCUCAUAACCACAAGUGAUGUCGGACUGCUUGGUGCGACGUCCAUCACCCUGACACUCAACCCCUUGACGGUUUCACAGUCACACUGCCCACCACAAAUUCCUCAACCAAAAAUUCGACGCUGUCCCAUACAUUCUGAUACGUUCGUCUACGUAGAUCCGAAAUUGGUGCCGGAUGAUAUGGUGGGACCCUGGUCACCACAAUCUCUCUCUUUCGAAUCAGGCAAUCAAUACUUCUGCAGUGAGUCUCCGAACAUCUCUGCCUCACUGAUAAACACAUCCUCGUUCCAAGCAAUAGUUGAACCGAUAUCGAAAGCACCUCUGUUAGAUUCCACGGAGAUUUACAAAUUGUCAGAUUCCAAAACCCCUCCAACAGCAUUUACUGAGAGUGUAGACAGACACUUUGUAGAUAUCUAG